UGACGUCAUCGCAGGUCCUGCAGCCCCAGGAGGUGAGAUCUGCAGGUUCUCUAGUUUUCUUUUGAAAGACAAUGGUCCUUUCCAUCAAUGACCCACCAAGCAUGGAGAAGGACAGAGACCUCAUGGCUGCGAGGAUAUUAGACCUCACCCUGGAGAUCAUCUCCUUGAUAACUGGAGAGGAUUACACAGUAGUGAAGAAGUCGUCUGGUGAGUGUGUGACACCCCGUGUGUCAGGAGGAUGGAGCAGGACCCAGAACCCCAUCACCGUGCCUCCACCUCAUUCUCUGAUACAUGAGCAGAAGAUCCUAGAACUUACCACCAGGAUCACUGAGCUGCUGAGCGGAGAGGUUCCUAUAAGGUGUCAGGAUGUCACUGUCUAUUUCUCCAUGGAGGAGUGGAAGUAUUUAGAAGAUCACAAGGAUCUGUACAAGAACGUCAUGAUGGAGAAUCACCAGCCCCUCACAUCACCGGAUGAAUCGAGGCAGAGAAAUCCACCAGAGAGAUGUCCCAGUCCUCAGUAUUCCCAGGACUGUCCACAGGAAAAGCAGAAUGUCCCACUGGAUCAUCAUGUAGAUGAAGCUGAGGAAAUUUCUGGUGAAAUGACAAGUGGACUCGAAGACCCCGUAUCAGAGUCUGUGAAAGGUGAGGAUGAGACGAGAGACUCCCAUGAACAUCUCCUUUUAUCCGAAAAAGUAGAAGACAACAAUGUCACACAAGCUAAUUCAAUAAAUGCUAAUGUACCCUUAGACCUUCACAGUGUAGAUCUAUCCACCAAUACCGUUGGUCACAAGUAUCUUUUGUCUAAUCAAUCACUGAGUCAAUCACAGAAUCAGUCUAAACAAUCUGUGCAUGAAAUAAUUGACAGAGAUAAAAGACCACUUUCAGGUUCAGAAUGUGAAAAGUAUGUUAGUCAGAAAUCAAAACUUAUGGAGCGUCAAAGAAUUCACACACGGGAGAAGCCAUUUUCAUGUUCAGAAUGUGGGAAAUGUUUUGGUCUGAAAUCAAGCCUUGUGAAACAUCGAAGAAUUCACACAGGGGAGAAGCCAUUUUCAUGUUCGGAAUGUGGGAAACACUUUAGUCGGAAAUGGGGUCUUGUUGAACAUGUGACAUUUCACAAAGGGGAGAAGCCAUUUUCAUGUCCGGAAUGUGGGAAAUGUUUUGCAAAGAAAUCACAUGUUGUGGAACAUCUAAGAACUCACACAGGGGAGAAGCCAUUUCCAUGUUUAGAAUGUGGGAAAUGUUUUAGCAAAAAAUCAAAUCUUGUGGAACAUUUAAGAACUCACACAGGGGAGAAGCCAUUUUUAUGUUCAGAAUGUGGGAAAUGUUUUGGCAAAAGAUCUGUUCUUGUUAUGCACAAGAGAAGUCACAUAGGAGAGAAGCCAUAUUCAUGUCCCGAUUGUGGGAAAUGUUUUAGUCUGAAAUCGUGUCUUGUUACUCAUCAGAGAACUCAUACAGGGGAGAAACCAUUUUCAUGUCCUGAUUGUAGGAAAUGUUUUGGUCAGAAAUCAACUCUUGUUACGCAUCAAAGAACUCACUCCAAGAAGAAGCCAUUUUCAUGUUCAGAAUGUGGGACAUGUUUCAGCUAUUAACCGGAUCUUGUUGAACAUCAAAGAACUCACAAGGGAUAGAAACUAUUUUCAUGUCCUGAAUGUGGGAAAUGUUUUUGCCAGAAAUCAGGCCUUUUGGAUCAUCGAAGAAAUCACACAGGAGAGAAGCCAUUUUCAUGUUCAUAAUGUGGAAAAUGUUUUGGUCAGAAAAUAAAUCCUGUGAAAUUUCGAAGAAUCCACACAGGGGAGAAGCCAUUUUCAUGUUUAGAUUGUGGGAAAUGUUUUGGUCGGAAAACUGUUCUUCUUGAACAUCAGAGAACUGACAUAGGAGAGAAUGUAUUUUCAUGUGCUACUGUGGGAGAUAUUUUAAUGUUCUGAAUUUGCUAAUUUUUUUACACACAGAGCAGGUUUUGCUAUAAAGAACUUGCACAGGUGCAACGUAAGAACUGUUGCAGGUGUGUGGCUUUAUUUUAAGACCUGCUGCCUAAGGAUGCCUUCUGUUGUUUAAAUAUACCCCUUGAGGACCUGUGGUAUAGCAGAACUGAAUAAGCAGAUCUUCCCAGAAAACAAGUGGCACGCUAUUACAACACUGAUCGUUUAGACACUGCCACUAUGCCCGCAUGAUCAGUACUGUGGCCGUAACACAUACAAUGCUUUCAGGAAGUCUUCAGAUUCUUUAUUUAUUUUUAUUUUUUUAUUAUGCUGUGGCCUUGUGCUAAAAUUUAAAAGAAAUCAAGUUGUUCCCCGUCAUUCUGCACUCCAUACCCCAUAAUGACAAAGUGAAAACAGAAUGUUAGAAAUCUUAGCUAACUUAUUGAAAAGGAAAAGCUAAAAUCUUGCAUUGAUAUACGUAUUCAGACCCUUUACUCAGGAUGUAGUUGAAGCCCCUUUGGCAGCAAUUAGAGCCUACAGUCUUCUUUGGUAUGAUGCCAAAAGGUUUGCACACCAGGAUUUGGGGAGUUUCUGCCAUUCUUCUCUGCAGAUUCUCUCAAGCUCUGUGAGGUUGUAUGUGGAUGUCAGUGGACAGCCAUUUUCAGGUCUCUCCAGAAAUGUUCCAUUAAGUUCAGGGUUCUGGCUAGGCCACUCAAAGACAUUUAGAAAUUUGUCCCUAACCUGCUCCUGUGUUGUCUUGGAUGUGUGCUUAGGGUAAUUGUCUGUUGGAAGGUAAACCAUGAAUUCCAGGCUGAGAUCCAGGUCCUCGUUUCUAUGAAGAAUAUCUCUGGACUUUGCUCAGUUCAGCUUUACCUCAACCAUGACUGGUCUACCUGUCUCAGCUGCUUAAAAACACCCCUACAGUAUGAUGCUGCCAUCACCAUUCUUUAAUGUAAGGAUGGUAUUGGGCAGAUGGUCAGCAGUGCCUGGUUUCCUCCAGACAUGACGCUUAGAAUUGAGGGCUGUUGCUUGUGCACCUUUUUCUACCAUACUUUUCCUUCCACUUAAUUUUCCAUUAAUAUGCUUGGAUACAGCACUCUGUGAACAGCCAGCUUCUUAAGCAAUUGCCUUUUGUGGAUUGCCCUCCUUGUGGAGGGUGACAAUGACUCCAGAAGUCAGCAGUCUUCCCCAAGAAUGUGUUGCCUAGUAAACCAGACUGAGGUACCAAGCUUGGGAAACCUUUGAAGGUGUUUUGUGUUGAUUAGAUGAUUAGAGUGUGACUCAAUGAAUCUACAAUAUUUAACUUUUUCACAAUAUUCUAAUUCUCUGAGAUACUGACUUUUGGGUUUUUAUUAGCCUGUAAGCCAUAAUCAUCAGCAUUAAAAUAAAUAAAUAAACGCUCGAAAAAGAUCACAGUCUGUAAUGAAUCUAUUGAAUUACUGAAAUAAAUUAACUUUUCCACAAUCUUCCCUUUCCAUCAGAGCCGAUCCUUCAGACCUCACUGUCAGCUCCAGUUCAUACACUUGUGCAUAUUGAAAUUACCAUCCACAGCAACAAAAGUGGUGAAUAAAACAGACCAAUAGAGCAUCUGUUUUUUUGGAGAUGAGUGUUGGAAGUAUGUUGUGCACACAGGAGGAGCUCAGCCAGAGUAACCAUUGGAUUCUUGGUCACCUUUGUCACCAAUGCCCUCCUCCCCUAUCACUUAGUUUUGUGGGGCGACCAGAUCUAGGAAGAGUCCUGGUUGUUCCAAACUCUAUUCCAUUUAAGAAUUAUUGAGGCCACUGUGUUCUUAGGAGGUAUUCGGUGGAGCAGAU